UUAUUUUUGAAUUCAAUCUCUCUCUCUCUCUCUCUCUCUCUCUCAAUUAGGGUUUACUUCUUAAUACAAACACAGCACCAACAGAAAAUGAGUAUCAUACCUUCAUGUAAACCUUGCCAACUUCUUCUUCUCCCACCGCUACUUGAUCAAUCAAGACCUUCUUCAUUUCCAAAUAAUCUCUCACUUCAUCAUCAAUAUAAAAGUAAAUUCCUUAAUCUCACGUAUGAACCUUCUGUUCGAGAUUCUAUUGGUAUUGUUAAAUUUGGAUUAAACCCAUCGUCAUUUGAUUUUGAUGGUUCAGAUGGUUUGAUUCAACAUUUAUUUGGUAAAAUUGAAGGGAUUUUAUAUACGGUUGCUGAUAUUCCCGUGUCUACUUCAACUAACAACCAGAAUAGUGAUUGGCUUUCUGGUGUAACUAAUUUAAUGGAAACUGUUCUUAAGGUUUUACAUGAUGGGAUUUCGACUUUACAUGUUCCAUAUGCUUAUGGUUUCGCGAUUAUUCUACUUACAGUUCUUGUAAAGGCAGCUACGUUUCCAUUAACUAAGAAACAGGUUGAAUCAGCAAUGGCAAUGAAAACAUUACAACCUCAAGUAAAGGCUAUUCAAGAACUAUAUGCCGGAAAUGGGGAAAAAAUACAAACUGAAACAGCUCGUUUGUAUAAAUUAGCAGGAGUUAACCCACUGGCAGGGUGCCUGCCAACGCUUGCCACAAUUCCCGUAUGGAUUGGACUAUACAGAGCACUGUCGAAUGUGGCAGAUGAGGGCCUUUUAACUGAGGGGUUUUUCUGGAUACCUUCUCUGGCUGGUCCAACUUCUAUUGCUGCUCGACAAAAUGGAAGUGGGAUCUCUUGGCUUUUCCCUUUUGUUGAUGGUCAUCCACCCCUUGGAUGGUCUGACACCGCAGCAUAUCUUGCGUUGCCUGUGUUGCUAGUUGUCUCCCAGUAUAUAUCAGUUCAAAUUAUGCAGUCAUCACAGAGUAGCGAUCCAAACUUGAAGAGCUCUCAAGUUCUUACCAAGUUUCUCCCUCUAAUGAUCGGUUAUUUUGCUCUUUCUGUCCCUUCUGGCCUAAGUCUUUACUGGCUCACAAAUAACAUUCUGAGCACGACACAACAGAUAUGGCUUCAAAAGUUAGGUGGUGCCAAAAAUACAGUGAGAAUGUUUAGUGAGGAGAGGAUUAUGGCUGAGAAAGAGAAACUGAUGAAGGAAAGCAAUACAGAAGAGAAAGAGAAACCGAUGAAGUCUGUCCUUGGAGUAAACUUAACCAAGGCUGUGGAAUCAAGACGAGAAGAGAAAUUAGGUUCAGAUGGGUUACGCCCUGGUGACAGGUUUAAACUGUUAAAGGAGCAAGAAGCAAGGAGAAAACAGCAGAAGGAAGAAGAAAAGAAGAAAACACAAGAAGAGGUGGUUAAGGGCACAGUAAUAACAUACGAGGAAAAGAAUAAAGAAGUGAACAUGGUCAUUAAUAAAGAUGAGAAUAAUGAAGCUGAGUUGGUUGAUGCUGGGAAUGAAAGAAUACAGUCUGUGAACGUGAUGCAUGAUUCUUCUAAAACUGAAGUAUCACAAAUUGUUUCCAAGGAAGAUGUAGAGUGACUGAACAUGAUUUCAUGGGGUUUCUCGUUGGAUUUUAACUACAUUUUCCUCUCUUCCCAAAGGCUAGGAAAUGUCUAGAGAGACAGAAUGAUGAAGGCUAAGGAAGAAGUGGAGCUGUCUUCGGAAUAGGAUGAAAGCAGAGAAAGAUAAGCAAGUGGUUUGCGAGAAAGUAAUUAGACUUCAGGGGUCAAAUAGUUAUUUUGGUUAAGCUUGCGGUUUUGAAUGCUAUUUCUGGCUAACAUUAUGAAAGGAGGGGAUCAAGCAGAGUUGACCAAUUCCACCUAGCGAUUUUGACAUCUUUGUAGAACCAUAACCUUACUCAUAAUGCUAGUCUAAUCCUUGUUUUUUAAAAAUGUGGACGUUUUAGUCCAUUUCUUGUAGUGGGAAUUAAGUGUUUGACCCUCUCCUCACUCUAUCUUAUACUCUUGACCUUGGGCUUGAGAAGAGUUUCCAAUUUUCGAGCCCACUUAAAAGAGAGGGUCAAAACAGAGAAUGUCAAGGUCAUCAAAAUAAAUUCAUUUGUUGACGUCAUUUAAACAAAAUAAAAUAUUUCCAAAGUAGCCCUUUUUCC